CUCUCCCCACUGUCAUGCAAGAGCGCUCCCCUCGCCUGCACGGAUCUCCCGCUGCCAAGUCACUUUAAAGACACUGAAAAGGGAAAAAUCCGGGGAAGCCUCGGCAGUGGAGGUGGGUGGCCAGGAGGGGCCCCACAGGAGGAAGUUUGCUGAAGCCCCCUGCCCACGUCGGGCUUCAGGGAUGGGAGCCGACCCCUAGGGGAUGAGGGGCGGGGCCGGGGAGGACAGCACCUCGAGGAGACAGCACUGGGCCCACUCGGCGGCUGGCCUCCUUCAUCUCAGAUGGAUUCCCAAGCAAACCUUGUGCCCUGGAAGCCCCUGGAGAUGCUGCCCUAAAGCUGCCGCAGAGACAGCAGAGAAGGGCUCUGGGACCCCGGAACCAGCGUGGGCUCUGAAGCUGAGCUGCCCCAGCCUAGUCGUGUCCCCCAUUCAGGCUGAAGCCUGGGCUCCAGGGCUGGCACACGGGAGAAGCAGAGUGCCCAUCCAGCCUUCGGGAGGACCCUGGCAUGUGAAAACAGCUCAGGGGAGCUGUGGGCAGGCACCGAGGGGGUAGACCCGGCCCCUCGGCCUGCGGUCCCCAAGACUGAGCACCAUCCACCCACGGCAUCUCGGCCAAGCUCCCCCAGACUGAAGGUGUCAAGGACCCAGGGAACCUGGUGACAGCGCACUCCACCACCACCGCCACCACCACCCACCACCAUCACCGACGGCCGUGGGUCAUGACCACGGCCACCAUGGACCUACGGGACUGGCUAUUCCUCUGCUAUGGGCUGAUCGCCUUUCUGACGGAGGUCAUCGACAGUACCCUCGCCCCUACUGUGUGCCGCUGUGACAAUGGCUUCAUCUACUGCAACGACCGGGGCCUGACGUCCAUCCCGGCGGACAUCCCGGAUGACGCCACCACCCUGUACCUGCAGAACAACCAGAUCAAUAACGCGGGUAUCCCCCAGGACCUGAAGAGCAAGGUCAACGUGCAGGUGAUCUACCUCUAUGAGAACGACCUGGACGAGUUCCCCAUCAACCUUCCGCGCUCCCUGCGCGAGCUCCACCUGCAGGACAACAACGUCCGGACCAUCGCCAGAGAUUCGCUGGCCCGCAUCCCCCUCCUGGAGAAACUGCACCUGGAUGACAACUCGGUGUCGACGGUGAGCAUCGAGGACGACGCCUUUGCAGACAGCAAACAGCUGAAGCUGCUCUUCCUGUCCCGGAACCACUUAAGCAGCAUCCCGUCCGGGCUGCCCCGGACCCUGGAGGAGUUGCGCCUGGACGACAACCGCAUCUCCACCAUCCCGCUGCAUGCCUUCAAGGGCCUCGACAGCCUGAGGCGGCUGGUGCUGGACGGCAAUCUGCUGGCCAACCAGCGCAUCGCCGACGACACCUUCAGUCGGCUCCAGAACCUCACGGAACUGUCUCUGGUUCGGAACUCGCUGGCCGCCCCACCCCUCAACCUGCCGUGCUCCCUGCAGAAGCUCUACCUCCAGGACAACGCCAUCAGCCACAUCCCCUACAACACCCUGGCCAAGAUGCGCGAGCUGGAGCGGCUGGACCUCUCCAACAACAACCUCUCCUCCCUGCCGCGAGGCCUGUUCGAUGACCUGGAGAACCUCAGCCAGCUCCUGCUCAGGAACAACCCCUGGUUCUGUGGCUGCAACAUCAUGUGGCUCCGGGACUGGGUGAAGGCACGGGCGUCCGUGGUCAACGUUCGCGGACUGAUGUCUGGGCCCCGAAAAGUCCGCGGCAUGGCCAUCAAGGACAUCAGUGAGAUGGACGAGUGCUUCGAGACAGGAUCUCAGGCAAUGCGGCUGCCACGCUGCAAAACCACAGCCAGCAACCACGCAGCAUACACCCCACAGGGCUCGCUCUUUACCCUCAAAUCCAAGAGGCCGGGAAUCCGGCUCCCGGACUCCAAUAUUGACUACCCCAUGGCCACUGGGGACGGCACAAAGGCCCUGGUGAUCCAUGUGAAGCCGCUGACCGCAGACAGCAUCCGGAUCACCUGGAAGGCCACGCUGCCGGCCACCUCCUUCCGCCUCAGCUGGCUGCGGCUCGGACACAGCCCUGCCGUGGGCUCCAUUACCGAAACCCUCGUGCAAGGUGACAAGACGGAAUACCUACUGACGGCCCUGGAGCCCAAGUCCACCUACAUCAUCUUCAUGGUCACCAUGGAGACCGGCAACACCUACGUGGCCGACGAAACGCCAGUGUGCGCCAAGGCAGAGACGGCCGACAGCUACGGACCGACCACCACCCUCAACCGGGAGCAGAACGUGGACUCCAUGGUGGGCCUGCCUCUGGCGGGCAUCAUCGGCGGCGCCAUAGCGCUCAUCUUCCUCUUCCUGGUCCUCGGGGCCAUCUGUUGGUACGUCCAUCGGGCCGGUGAGCUCCUGACCCGCGAGAGGGCCUACAACCGGGGCAGCCGUAAGAAGGACGACUACAUGGAGUCUGGCACCAAGAAAGACAACUCGAUCCUGGAGAUCCGGGGGCCUGGGCUCCAGAUGCUGCCCAUCAACCCCCAUCGGGCCAAAGAGGAGUACGUGAUCCACACCAUUUUCCCUUCCAAUGGUACCAGCCUCUACAAGAGCACGCACACGAUCGGGUACGGCACCACCCGCGGCUACAGAGACGGUGGCAUCCCAGACAUAGAUUACUCCUACACAUGAUGGAGUCGCUCUCUCCCCUCCUUCCUUGGGCUUCCCGCUCUGACGCCCACCGCUUCUUUCCAUCUCCUCCUCGAGUGGAAACACAGCUUCCCACACCACUGGCUACAAUCUAAGGAAAAAGCCCCUACCAACACCACACAAAACUACUUUCAAGCCAGAUACAAGGGAGGGGGAAAUAUUUUAUAAAAACAAACACUGGAAAAUUUUGUUUGUUUGUUUUUUUAAUGAAAAUAAUAGGGCAAGGAAGAGAAAUUGAGGUCGGAUACCCGUAAUUUAUACGAAAAAUGCCAGAUGGGGUGGGGGGAGGGGUACAACCGGGAGGGAGACCAGGAGAGACCUCGAAAUAAAAAGGCAAGAAGUGUUCUUUUAGGGGACUGGAAAGAUACUACCUGUACCCCGUCCGUGUCAAUCUCAUGUUUUGUUCAGGGGUAGAGAUACAAAAGAACCGUACAAGUGGAAAAGCAAACAGGCUUUAAAAACGGAAGGGAAAAAAAAAAAUAAAGCCCGCGCCAGAGCGUUCUCUUCUCAGGCUGCCAACUGUUGGCAUUCGGGAGAUUUUUCAAGCUUCCUACAAAGGAGAAAAGAAAAGGGGAUGGCAAGGGGAGGGGGCAGAUACCAUCCCCCCCCAAAAAAAACCCUCUCUCCUUUACCGAUAAUCACUUCUUUGAUGGAUCUACAGAGAAACUGCCCGGUUUCCCCACAUUAUCUGAACAAUCUGUAGCUGAUUAAAGAAAGACUCGUUUUCUAUAUCGAACCUGAUUUGGUCCAUGCCCAGUGCACAGUGACAGCAGGACCAGCUUCCCAGGUCCAUUUAUAUCCGUAUGUAUCUAUCUAUAUGCACCUGUAGACUGACAGACAGGGAGAGAAGGGGGGAUAGAAGUCGAGGUGGUG